AUGGCGGCAAUACAUAAGCUUCUAAAUGGACAUGUUUAUAAUAAAACAAAUAAAAAAGUAGAUUUGAAUGAUGAAGAAUAUGAAGGAAUGGUUUUUGGAUUGUAUUUCAGUGCUCAUUGGUGUGGUCCGUGUGGGGAAUUUACACCGAAAUUAGUGAAAUUUUAUAAUACAUAUGCAGAGAAGAAGAAGUUUGAGAUCAUUUUUAUCAGUUCGGAUGAAGAUGAAGAAUCGUUUAAAGAAUAUUAUAAAGAAAUGCCUUGGUUGACGUUUGAUUUCAAACAAAAGAAUAAAAGGGAAAAAUUAGAAGAAAAUUUGGAAGUCGAUGGAAUUCCAACGUUGAUUUUAAUCGAUGGAGAUUCAGGAGAAGUGAUCUGUACGGAUGCAACAGAGAAAAUUAGUGAAGAAGAUCCAAAAGGAAAAGAUUUUCCAUGGCAUUCAGAUGAAUAA